CACUGCGGUCAACGAUUCGGCAAACCCUUCCUGUUCCACGUUUGCAUUGGAGCGGCUAGGUAGUAGGCUAGUAGGAAUAGCUGUAGUAAUAACUAUGAAGUACGGUGGCUUCGACGGCUAGAAAGAAAUAAGAUCAGAAUAAACGGAUGACAGCGAAAUGAUAUGUUGUUAUCAGAUUGGAUUGGGAGGAGUAGUUUCAACCGCAAAACCUUCUGUUUUCAGAGCAGAGCAUCCCAUGGCUCCUGGUCUUUCUUCCGACCGUUCAAUCUCCGGUGGUGGGGCCCUGUCUCCCCGUCGUGAUCUCGUUUUCGUCGUUAAUCCCCGAGGUGCUAAUGGAAGAACGGGUAAGGAAUGGAAAAAGUUGCUUCCAUAUCUUAGGUCUCGACUCGAUGCGGAUUGUAAUAUAUGUGAAUCCUUGACUUCUGGUCCUUCUCAUGCGAUUGACAUAACAAGGGAGGCUAUAAGGGAGGGUGCUGAUGCUGUAAUUGCAGUUGGAGGAGAUGGAACUCUUCAUGAGGUUGUUAACGGAUUCUUUUGGGCUGGAAAAACUGUAAGCAGUCACAAUAGAGAGUCUGCUCAUUCAACUGCUCUUGGUGUCAUCCCCUUAGGCACUGGAUCUGAUUUUGCAAGAACAUUUGGUUGGAAAAAUGAUCCUCACGAAGCCAUUGAACGCAUAGUCAAAGGGAUUAGAUCACGGAUUGAUGUCGGAGUUAUUAGUGGAGAAAGCGGAGAAUCCCAUUACUUCUUAAAUGUUGCUGACAUUCAUUUGAGUGCAAAGGCAGGGUAUUAUGCUUCAAGAUAUAAGAGAUUUGGAAACUUAUGCUAUGUAAUUGGUGCUUUGCAAGCUUUUAUGGGGCACAAAAACCAGGACCUUAAAAUCAAGGUCAAUGAGGGUGAGUGGCAAGAGUAUUCCCAAGUGACUGCCCUUUGCAUUGGAAACGCAAAAUACUUUGGUGGUGGCAUGAAAAUUACCCCAAAUGCUGACCCUCACAAUGGGAACUUUGAGGUUGUGAUUCUUCAGGACUUCAAGUGGUAUGACUUUAUUCUGAAGUUGCAUAAACUGUACAGUGGGACACAUUUAUCCGUGAAAAAUGUAACUUCGAGAAGUGUACAUUCUAUUGAAGUGGAGGACAUUUCAGGCAGUGGCAGCAUUUUUGUUCAAUCUGAUGGAGAGCAUUUAGGAUUCCUUCCCAGGAAGUUCUGUAUUUUACCUGCUGCAAUUGAGAUGAUAUACUAAGCAGGGAUAAACAUAUGACCACCUGAAGUGAUUUUGACUAUUUGAGACCGAUUUUGACCAAUUCACCCAUUUUGUGUAUCAAUAAACAAACACUAAUAUAACUUUUUCAAAUCUAUAAAUUUUAGACUCAUGAAUUUGUUAAAUUAAUUUCAGUUUAUUACAAUUUUCCCCUAAGAUAUUUGAAACAACAAUUUAUCUCUUAUAGUUACAGUUAUGUUGGUGUUUCUAUCAUCUGAUUAAUAUUAAUUUGUUAAAUUAAAUAGGAAUAUAGAUUCCCCGGGGGGUUGGAAUUGUUAUGUAU